AUGAGCCCGGAGUGCGAAAUCCGAGCUGCCUGCCUGGUGGACACGGGAGUGAGUGAGGAAGAAGAAGACGACGACGAAGAGGAGGAGGAGCGGAGCCCCCAAGACGAGAGAGGGGCAUUCGUUCAAAAGCCCCACCUUGGGGAUGGGUGGGGGGAUAGGAGCACACGGCGGCAAAAAGAUGAAUUAAUUGGCAGCCAUCAUGCUCAACAUUCACGCAUGUCCAACAAUGUCCAACAAGCACGCAUGCCAUGCCGAAUGUCCCUCCCUCCACGAAUGAGAGCAUGCCCCGUCGCCUCUCUGUCUAUUCAUGCCUCGACGAUCGUCGCUCUCACUAACGACGUCGACGAUUCGUGCAGCGAUAUCGACGACGACGACCUCUACGACGACCUCUACCACGAGAACGAUUAUAACGACGACCUCUACAACGAGAACGAUUAUAACGACGACCUCUACAACGAGAACGAUUAUAACGACGACCACUGCAACGACAGCGACGACGAUGAUGAUCCUGGUGACGAUAACGAUAACGACGACAACGAAGAAUAA